UCACAAUUAACAUGAAUCACGACGUUAGGAAAGAACCAUCGUUUACAUUUUACAGUAAGUACUAUGACAAUCGAAGCAAAGUGGAGAAGAAAGGCCUACAAAAGUAACCAAAUUCCUUUGGAGUUACGUGGUAAAGUUCAGCACAGUUGCGAUUGGGAGCUUUUCGUCCUUACCGUCAUGCAUUUCGAGCACAGUUAUAUAGUCAUUGAUUUGUUAUUGUGAUGUGCUCGUGUCUAAAUCCCAAACAUCUAACCACUUCUAAUGCGGUUAAUUCGAAAAUCGAUUGUAGAAAUCAUGGCAAAAAUAGAGAACGAAACUAAGAAAUUCACACGGAUCCCCGCAAAAUGGCUUGAUUACACUAGAUGUGGAAAGGUCAUUCCUGGUGAACGACUAGCUUCAUUUAAAACUCCAUUAUCAGAGAAUUACCACUGCACUGGAAAUGAACGCAAUGCUGAAGAUUGUUUGCAAAAGGACAAUGAAUUUACACCGAAGGAUCUUUGUGACAUUUUUCGGGAUAGAGGAUUGACGUUAGGACUUGUUGUUGAUUUGACAAAUACCAAACGCUACUAUCAACCAUGGGAUCUUUCAUUUUGGAAAGUUGAAUACAAGAAAAUCAAAUGUGAAGGAAAGGUCGUUCCAUCUGAUGAAGUUGUCAAUAGAUUUAAGGCAACAGUCUUGGCAUUUCUAAGGAAGUUUCCCAAUACAGGCACUACUGUCAUUGGAGUUCAUUGCACUCAUGGCCUAAACCGCUCGGGUUAUGUUGUUUGUAGGUACCUGAUUGAAUGCCGCGGAUAUUCACCUCAAGAAGCCAUAGAAGUUUUCAAUAAAGCUCGUGGUCAUUCAAUGGAAAGAGACAACUAUCUGAAUGAUCUUAAGGGACGGAAACCAAAGACAUUGUCAAAGAGAGAAAUUGAUUAUUUAAUAGAAUCGUGGAGCGACGGCUUUUUGAACGAUGAAAAACCGCGCUAUAAUCAGCACUUUGAUAAAUGCCUCCCCGCGCAACGCCGUGAGGGUUUCCCUAAUCAGCCAAGACGUCAUUUCCAUGGAAACAACAGUGGCACAAAGAGGUGUGAUGAUACACGUAGUACUCGGAGACCCUCCCAUGAUGACCCGCGCCUCCACCGUUUUCACGUAGAUAAAUUUCCGGAUCACAUUGGAUUUCGUUGCCAUGAAAGAAUACCUCAAUUGAGAUACGCCGAUUCCUAUGAGGUUAAUUAUUUGAACAACCGCGUUUAUCCCGAGGAUGUUUAUCCCGAUAGAAGACGAAUUGAGCGAAGAGACUACGGUCCUCAUGGAAGAAGGGCUACAGGUGCGUUUAGGGAUAGAGGUGGAUACCAUUGGGAAGCUCGAGAUCCUGAUCACGUGGAAGCUCGAAGAAGACAACCAAUUAGGAUGGUUCAGAGACAUGAUGUUACCUAUAGCUCUGAUGAACAUUACUGCAGAGAGAGGGAUGGAAGGGACUCGCGACGACGAAGAUGAGACUUGCUCAAACGUAACCAGGCCGACUCGAUAAAAUAUUUUCUCACCAUCAAGUAGGUAGUUGUCAAGAAUGUGGACCUGUGUUGCAAGAAUGCCAAAUUUAGCAAUUACGUCAACACAUAAAUAAUAACUACGAGAGAGCAUAUCAAACCAACAACUUUUUUUCCUUUAAAAGAAAUGUAUCAUAUUGCCUUGGUAAUGACUUAAAAAUAAAGUCGUCUUGUCUCUUGCUAAUA